AUAGCGCCAAAUCUUGCUCUCCACAAACGCGUUCUGAUCCAGAGCAUAAUCGGCAGUAAGCUAAAAGGUAACGAUGGCCCAAAAGAUAACGAGAUAGCAGAAAUAGCUGGCUGUACCGACCGCGCGGUGCGUCGCAUUCGAUCGAACCUGCUCCGCUUCGGAUCGACUACCGCACCGCCAAAUGGAGCUAGCCGACCCAAGACCGUCGCUCCUCCUAUGCUAACCGCUUUAUUUAAUCAGCUCUCCCUUAACCCAUGCAUGCGGCUGGAAGACGUGGCCGACUUCCUUCGCAACGAGUUCGACGUCGACCUAACGCGUUUCAGCAUCAGCAGGGCACUGAAGAAGGCCAAGUGGUCGAAGAAAUGCACACAAAAUGUCGCGCGCGAGCGCAACCCCGAUCUACGGGACGAAUACAUGUACGAAGUAUCGUUCCUUCGCUCCGAACAGCUGGUCUUCAUAGAUGAGACAGGAGUAAACAAAAGCAUUGGGAUAAAGCGUAAGGGCUGGGCUCCCCGCGGGAAAAGGCCCUGUCAGAUCAGGCGAUUCCAUCGCGGGCGGAGGUUUCAGAUCCUCCCAGCCUACACCCAGGAUGGA